GGACCUGGGGACCUGAAAGGCUGGAUCCAGAAUGUCUAGAAUGUCCAGGACACUCUGCACAUUGGCCGAUGGCCUGAGGUUCACAUGUCACCGGGCGGAUAACUGUCUGUAGCGGCAUUCAAGAAGCAUGUACCUACGUAUCUGAAAUGUCAAGUAAGGUAAUCGUAGCAAUAAGAGCGUGUUUAGCGUCAAAUGAAGCAAUAUAAAACGUGCAGCGCACGCACCUCUUCAGCUACAUCCGAAAUCACUUUACCAAGUUCAUUCAACCGUGCUCAACAACACCAACCUCCAGUAAAAUGGCGCAACCCGUUCCUAUUGUCACUCCUACUCGAGUGUUCGAAGAUCGCACACAUACGGUCUACGCAGUCGCAGACGUUCCCUAUAGUCAACAGAUUGUGACCUCCUCUGAAGACAGGCUAGUUCGUCUAUGGGACUUGAAGACAGGUGAAGUAUUGAAGAAAAUGGAGGGGCACACCAGUGAAGUCAUGGGAUUGGCGGUAUCGCGAGAUGGACAAAUGAUAGUGACCGGUGACCAGAACGGAGAGCUCAUCGCCUGGCAGACAAAAACUGGAGAAUAUCUCACCAAACCUAUCAAAGUCCACGGCAGUGCAGUCCGCUCACUGGACUUUUCACCAGACGAUGCGUUCGUCGUCACUGCGUCGUCGGCACCAAAUGACCAAAGCGUAAAGUUUUGGAACACCAAAACAUGGACGCAAUACCCCGUAAAUUAUAACUGCGGUAGUACUGUCCGCUGCGUUCGGUAUGCGCGGUCUGGCGUAUAUAUGCUUGCGGUUGCAACAGACCAAGAUAUCCAAAUUUACGUUGGCGAGAAACUCCAAAAGAGGUUCAAGGGUCACAGUCACGGUACAUUGUCACUCGCCUGGUCUCCUGAUAGAACACGCCUUCUUUCAGGGGGAGAUGACCAUGAUCCCACUAUAAGGGAGUGGGACACAUCGAGCUGGACGCAGGUCGAUCUUCCCUGGACGGGUCACACAUAUAAAGUCAAUUCCAUCGCCAUCAAUGCUUCUGGCACGCAUGCAGUUUCCGCCUCUAGCGACAACUCUGUUCGUCUCUGGCAGCUCUCUGAUAAACAUACUAUUGCCAUCUUCCAGCACACUUCUUCUGUCGUUUGCGCAGCCUUCUCCGCGGAUGGCACGCGCAUCCUUAGCGGAGGUUAUGAUAAAAAAGUCACAGAGUGGACGGCACCCAUGGGUACUUCGCCAGUGGACGCUUCCGAGGAAAAGAUUUUUAAUUCGGUUCUACAACCUGCCCCGAAGUGGGAGCCAGCGUUCGAGUCAAUGGUUCCAGCUUUUAAUUCCAAGAUUCGAAAGCGUGCUUCAACUCUGAAGGUUAUAGAACCUGAUUCAAAGACUGAAAGCUCAGAUUUCAAGUCUCUACAGGCAGUUUCGACGGCCACAAGCUUCGAUUCCAAGUCUCAGCAAUCGUCUUCGACAGUCCAGUCUAUGUUGAAUGAGCGGCUCGCUUCCAAGGAUGAGCAAUCUGUUACCGAGGAACAGUUUGUCUCCAAGUCUGAGCAGUUUGUUUCAAGGACACUUAUCAUCACCGCGGAUGAGCUCCUCGCUAUCACCAAGACCAUCCGUAUUGCAUCCAUCACAGGGGACUUGUCUACCGCUGAAAAGGUCCUCACUCAAGAGAUUACCGCCAACGCCAAGAACUUCGCCUCCUAUGCCAACCGCUCUUUCGUUAUGGCACGCAAACUUAACUGGGAAAAUGCGCUUCGGGAUGCAAACAAGUCCCUUGCCAUACAGACAUCAAUGGCUGGCUAUAUCGCCAAAGCAUUCACGUUCACGCAUGGAAAUAUGGAUGCCACUGUGUUCCUUUACUUAAUCAAGGCUAUUGCGCUCUUCAAUGCUAACAGACACAAAGAGGCAUUGCUGCGUGUGGAGCAGUUGUCUGCUUAUCCUUCUGCAGAUCCCCUCGCUUGUGGUGUCGUGGUGGCAAGUCUGCGAGUCCAACUAGGAACUAUUGCUUCCAAUAGGUGCGCGUCAUAGUGAAGCCAUCGAGCACUUCACUGCCGCUGUUAAGGCUAGCACUUUCUUGGCUAAAUCUGCCGCUCCUGCUGCUUGCGAGGCUUUCACUGUGCUCUUUGGAUGGGACAUCGGGGCGUUGUGGAAAACCUCCAACAAGAAACUGAUCCUUGCACUCCUUGGGGCUGGCAGGCUUGGAGAAGCUUUCGAAUCGUACCGUUUUGCGAUGGACGCAAGUGAUGAAGCUACAAAGACCAGCUUACGUUCUUGGGUCUUGACUCUCUCGUUGUGAUGAAUGUCGCAGUUGC